AUGCAGCGGCGGGGAGAGCCCGGUGCCGCGGGCUGUAGGUUCGCUCUGUCGGCGGAGCGCCCGGCGCGGGGCGGACGCGCCGUCGGGGCGCGCCCCGGCACCCCCACCCCGUUCCGCGGGCUGCGGGCGCAGGUGAGCGGCGUGCAGAAGCAGCGGCGGCUGGCGGCCAACGCGCGGGAGCGGCGGCGGAUGCACGGGCUGAACCACGCCUUCGACCAGCUGCGCAAUGUCAUCCCCUCCUUCAACAACGACAAGAAGCUCUCCAAGUACGAGACGCUGCAGAUGGCGCAGAUCUACAUCAGCGCCCUGGCCGAGCUGCUGCACGGCCCCGCCGCUCCUUCCGACGGCUCCGGCAAGGCCGAGCACCGCGGGGCCCCCUUCGAGCCGCCCUGCGCCGCCGCCGGGGCCGGAGCUCCGCCGGGGCCGCCGGCGCCGCCGCCGGGGCCGCCCAGAGCGUCUCCCCCCGGGCACGGCCGGACUCGCUUCCCCCCGCCGCCGGCCGCGGGGGGCUACUCGGUGCAGCUCGACCCGCUGCACUUCUCCUUUGCGGAGGGCGCCCUGAUGGGACAGAGAGCCCCUUCCCCCGCCCUCCUCCUGCCGCAGCCCGGGCAGCCGCCGCAGGAGAGGAGCAAGACGUCGCCCCGGUCCCACAGGAGCGACGGGGAGUUCUCGCCCCGCUCCCACUACAGCGAUUCGGAUGAGGCCAGCUAA